AUGACCAAAGAACAAUUAACCACGAAUUGGCAGAGCGAAGCACAUACCAGCACAUCUGAAGAAUUAAUUGCUAAUUCUCUACCACCUCGCAUAGGUCCUUAUCGAUCUUUAUCGGCUAAACGACCGCGUGACCCAUCCCAUCGUAAAAGUGUUUCAUUUAAUGAUGUCCCUAUUGUACAUGAAGUUCCAUCGCAUGAUGCAAUGCGUAAUUCUAACUGUGAUACAUAUCGUUCAUGGGCACAUACAGAUGCAACACUACCUUCAUCUGGUAUUUCAUCGUUUUAUUCAUCACAAAUACUUUUACCAUUUAACUCAACGAGUGCUGCAGCUCAAAAGAUAAAUGCCAGCCGUUUAAGUAGUACUUUAUAUUCAACACCAUCAUCAUUCGCAUCAUCGCCAUCACCUGUAGCAACACCAGCAGUAGCAACAGCAACAACGACAACAACAACAAAUACUUCUGCUGCUGCUAAUUCAACAGCAAAUCGAAUACCUGAUUGGGCUGUACGAGCUAAAUCAACAAAACCUACAUCAACUGCAGAUGAAGCAACAACAACAAAUGAAAAUCAUUCAGCUGGAAAUCCACCGGUUAUUAUUGUUCAUCUACCUGAUGAAAGAACAAGUAGAGAUACAACACCUAAAUCUAGUAAUCAAUCAAUAUAUAAUAGUGUAUAUCUUCCGUAUUCUCACACAUCAUCAGGAUCAGCACUUUCUUCACCACAUAGUGUUGAAUAUGGAGAAGAGAGAAAACAUUCAUAUCGCUCAGCAAUGAUACCUGACACAGACCAUUAUCGUAGUAUUCCAUUUUCUUAUGCACCAAUGUCUGAUUCGGCAGCAACUUAUACUUCAAUGUUAUCUACAAAUUUAAUUCAAUCAAAUCAUUCUUCAAAUGAACAUUCUACAACAGGAUAUCCACGAGCAGCACGUGCUCGUUCAGCGACUUUACCAGUAUCCACAAAUCAUUCACCGACACGUGCCAAUGAUAAUGUUUCGAUUACACCACUUCGUGCAACAGCCGCAAAUCUUCUACCAAAUAAUUCAAAUGCAUCCACAAGAACUGUUUUACGACCAACAACAAUUGCUUUUCAAUGUUCACAACCAACAAACGCAACUAUGAAUUUAAACAAUGGCCCAUCAACAAUGACUACUUUAAUAGCAACUAACAAUACGAAUCAAUCAUCGACAGCAGCAACAACAACAACAACAACAACAACAAAUGCAACAAAGCCACCAGCAACACCAUCUCGUUUUGGUUCAACAGCUGCAGCAGCAGCUGUUCAUUCUCGUUUUGUUUUACCGUCAAAUCGAACACUUUCAACAGCAUCAUUAAAUUCAUCAGCAAUUAAAUAUACUUUUGCUCAUCCAAAUAUGGAUUCAACAUUUAUGAAUACAACAACACAGAAACCUCCCCAAACUACUUAUGCUCGUUCACGUUCAGCACAUGUUUUAAGCUCGAGACGUACAGCUCCGUCACCUGUUGUUAUGCUCGAUAGCCACUCUAAUGGAGUAGGAAUAACAACGAAUCCUACUACUAAUCUUUAUGCAACAACAAAACGCAAUCCAAAUGUUAGACAAACCUAUGGUUCUUAUUAUAUGCAUCGUGUUCUUUUACCCACAAGCAUUCAUUAA